CCACGCCGAGCGACUCGACGGCCCCGCCCCGCCCCGCCCCCCGUCGCUAGGGGCUCUGGGGACUCCAGCGCGCGGACGCCGCGCGGCGCUCGCGGUUUCGCGCUCGCGUCGCCUGCGUUUCCUCUAGGUCAGUGCUCGCCCAGUCCUUCCAUUUCGGUGCGACCAUGUUUGUUCCCUGCGGAGAUUCUGUCCCCGACCUCGCUGGCUUCACCUUCCUAAUGCCAGCAGUGUCUGUUGGAAAUGUUGGCCAGCUUGCAAUAGAUUUGAUUAUUUCUACACUGAAUAUGUGUAAGAUUGGUUACUUCUAUACUGAUUGUCUUGUGCCAAUGGUUGGAAACAAUCCAUAUGCAACUGCAGAAGAAAAUUCAACAGAACUCAGUAUAAAUGCUGAAGUAUAUUCAUUGCCUUCAAAGAAGCUAGUGGCUCUUCAGUUAAGAUCCAUUUUUAUUAAGUAUAAAUCAAAGCCAUUCUGUGAAAAACUGCUUUCCUGGGUGAAAAGUAGUAACUGUGCCAAAGUUAUUGUUCUUUCAAGCAGUCAUUCAUAUCACCGUAAUGACCUACAGCUUCGCAGUACUCCCUUCAGAUACCUGCUUACACCUUUCUUGCAAAAAACUGUUCAAAAUAAAAUAAAGAGCCUGAACUGGGAAGAAAUGGAAAAAAGCCCAUGCAUUCCUGAAAUAGAUGAUUCUGAGUUUUGUAUCCGUAUUCCUGGAGGAGGUAUCACAAAAACACUCUAUGAUGAAGGCUGUUCUAAAGAAAUUCCAAUGGUGGUUCUGCUGAAAUUUGUGUCAGAAGGAGACAAUAUCCCAGAUGCUCUAGGUCUUGUUGAAUAUCUUAAUGAAUGGCUUCAGAUAAUCAAACCAUGUUUACAGUGUGAUGACCCCACAGCAUCUGCCUUGCAGUGGAAAAUGCCAAGUUCAUGGAGAUUACUCUUUGGCAGUGGUCUUCCUCCUGCGCUUUUUUGAUCUGUUUUCAGUUUUAUAACUUAUGUCUCAAGGUACUUAUUACCAACACAGCUGUUAAACAAAUAUUAUCUGAGAAUGUAUUAGGAAAUAAAUCUUUUCACAGAAAAUCUCAAAAAAAAAAUGGAUUAAUAAAAAGUUGUUUUGCCAUGCAUUUCAGUAUUUACAACAAAUGUAAAUUUUGUACAAUAAAGUAUUUCCUAAGUAACUUUA